GGGGGUUCCUUCUGGGUGCAGGUGUGGCUGGCUCUUAGUAAGAGUAAGUGGGAUGGAACUUGAUGGGCGGGAGGACUUGAGGGCAGAGGAAGAUUAAGGGAGGAGGGGCAGGGCGUGGAGAGCUGGUGGGUGGGACCUGGUGGAGCUGUGGAAGGGUGGGCCUUGAGACCCAGCUGAAGACUGUCCUGGGGUAGGAGGGCACCCUGGCAGAACCCGGAUGCUUUUGGUGCCAGGCCUGGGGGUGGGGUCUGCAGUAGGAAAAGAAUGUGGAAGAGAUGGAAGAAAGAGGGCACCCCCCCCAUCAGGACCUGUAACUUGUCCAAUGCCGCCUUCUGACUUCACAACGCUCUGAGAACCCCUGUAUUCUGCAGGCUGCUCCGUGACCCCACUAUGUCCUCUCCCACCACGAGUUCCCUGGACAACCCCCUGCCUGGACAUGCUCCCCCUCAGCCCAGUGCCCCCUCGGCCUCGCCCACUGUAAAAGAGGAGGGGCCUGAACCGUGGUCCUGGGGUGCAGAUGCUGACGUCCCAGGCACUGAGGCCGGCUCGGCCGGCAGCGCAGACCCACCCGAGGAGCCAGAGCGCAAGCGAAAGAAGGGGCCGGCUCCGAAGAUGCUGGGCCACGAGCUUUGCCGCGUGUGUGGGGACAAGGCCUCCGGCUUCCAUUACAACGUGCUCAGCUGCGAAGGCUGCAAGGGCUUCUUCCGGCGCAGCGUGGUCCGGGGCGGAGCUGGACGCUACGCCUGUCGGCGCGGUGGAACCUGCCAGAUGGACGCCUUCAUGCGGCGCAAGUGCCAGCAGUGCCGGCUGCGCAAGUGCAAGGAGGCGGGGAUGAAGGAGCAGUGUGUCCUCUCCGAAGAGCAGAUUCGGAAGAAGAAGAUCCAGAAGCAGCAGCAGCAGCAGCCGUCACCGUCACCCGUGGGGCCUGGGGGUGGCAGCAGCUCAGCCUCGGGGCCUGGGGCCUCCCCUGGAGGGUCCGAGGUGGGUGGCCAGGGCCCCGGGGAAGGCGAGAGCGUGCAGCUGACGGCGGCCCAGGAACUCAUGAUCCAGCAGUUGGUGGCGGCCCAGCUGCAGUGCAACAAGCGCUCCUUCUCGGACCAGCCCAAAGUCACGCCCUGGCCCCUGGGCGCAGACCCCCAGUCCCGUGAUGCCCGCCAGCAGCGCUUCGCCCACUUCACGGAGCUGGCCAUCAUCUCCGUCCAGGAGAUUGUGGACUUUGCCAAGCAGGUCCCUGGCUUCCUGCAGCUGGGCCGUGAGGACCAGAUUGCCCUCCUGAAGGCGUCUACCAUCGAGAUUAUGCUGCUGGAGACCGCCAGACGCUACAACCACGAGACCGAGUGCAUCACCUUCCUGAAGGACUUCACCUACAGCAAGGACGACUUCCACCGUGCAGGCCUGCAGGUGGAGUUCAUCAACCCCAUCUUCGAGUUCUCGCGGGCCAUGCGGCGGCUGGGCCUGGACGACGCCGAGUAUGCCCUGCUCAUCGCCAUCAACAUCUUCUCGGCCGACCGGCCCAACGUGCAGGAGCCCAGCCGUGUGGAGGCGCUGCAGCAGCCCUACGUGGACGCGCUGCUGUCCUACACACGCAUCAAGAGGCCACAGGACCAGCUGCGCUUCCCGCGCAUGCUGAUGAAGCUCGUGAGCCUGCGCACACUGAGCUCCGUGCACUCGGAGCAGGUCUUUGCCCUGCGGCUCCAGGACAAGAAGCUGCCGCCUUUGCUGUCUGAGAUCUGGGAUGUCCACGAGUGAGGGCUGGCCACCUGCCCACAGCCUUGCCUGACUGCCUUCUGACAGACAGCCGCCAUCGUCCUGCCCUCCUGUGGUGGGAACGGCCGACAUGGGGCCUGUGGGCCAACCUUGUGACCUGGAGCACAGGCCCCAGCCCUGCCAACCCCUCACCCUUCGGGUGAGCCUGGUGGGGGUCCAGGAGGCUCCCUCCCUGCCCACCUAGUCUUCCAGGAGGAGUGGAUAGAUCACAGGUCCCGACCUCUGACCUGACCCCGCUGCCCUCCCUGCCCAGCUUACACCUCAAGCCUGCGCACAACGCACCUUGAACAGAGGGAGGGGAGGGCCUGUGGCUCUCCCCACAGCCCGAGAGACCAUAGGCCCCCCUCUUCCUCUGCUCCUUUUAUUUAAUAAAAACUAAAACCAAACAGGA